AUGGUUCAGACUUCAGCUUUGGUGACGGCAUCCGUCGCUACCGCCGCCGCCGCCAUUCUCGGUUAUGUCGCCUACUUUGACUACCAACGUCGAAACCAGGCCGAGUUCCGCCGAAACUUGAGGAGGAACGAGCGCAAGCAGGCCCGCGUCGCGAAGGAGGAGGCCGAAGCUUCUACCCAGCAACAACGCCAGAGCAUCCGCUCUAGGGUUCAGGAGGCAAACGAGGAGGGUUUCCCCUCUGGUGUCGAGGAGCGGGAAGCUUUCUUCAAUGAGCAGGUUAUGGCUGGAGAGAUGCUCAGCCAAGAUCCUUCCAAGGCUCUUGAGUCUGCUCUGGCCUUCUACAAGGGUCUCAAGGUCUAUCCUGCUCCUAGCGACUUGAUCCGAAUUUACGAUAGCACUGUCCCCAAGCCUAUAUUAGACAUCCUCGCUGAGAUGAUCGCAUUCGACGAAUCUCUUGAUGUCCGAGGCCCUGCUUCUCCUGCCGGCAUCAACCUUUCCGACAUUCCCAACGUUGGUCUUGAUUAA